UUUGAGUGGUCCGUAUAUUAUAUAAAAUAAAUUGCUCUAAAAUUAAAGAGUUUAAAUAGAGCAGCUGUUGUACGUCCAGACUCCCUCAGUAUUAGGUAAACAGUAGAGAAUGAUAUGGCACGACGUUUGCGAGCUGUGUUUUGGCGCUCGGGGUUGAUGUGUCUGGGUGACCGGCCAGGAGAAAUCAGAGUGCGGAGAUUCUACAGCAGUCAGAGUCCUGAACCUCCACAACCAACUGCACUUUACAUCCAUUGGCCGUACUGCUUGAAACGAUGCUCUUACUGCAACUUUAACAAGUACAUCCCUCGCUCGGUGGAUAACCAGGUUAUGACAGAGUGCCUUCAGCAAGAGAUCCGGACACUGCUGCAGCUCAGCCAGGUUUCUCAGAUAAGCUCCGUGUUUUUCGGUGGAGGAACUCCCAGCCUGGCUCCAGCCUCCACCGUAGCCGCUGUCCUAGAGACCGUGUCCGCACACGCACGGCUCUGUGACGAUGCCGAGGUGACCCUGGAGGUGAACCCUGCUCCUGCACGAAGAACCGCACUCAGAGACUUUGUGUCUGCCGGAGUCAAUCGGCUUUCUCUUGGGGUGCAGUCUCUGAGUGAGGCCAGGCUGAGGGUUCUCGGGAGGGACCAUGACCCACAGCAGGCUUUGCAGACGCUGGAGGAGGCUCGGACCCUUUGUCCCGGACGCGUGUCAGUUGACGUCAUGUUCGGAAUCCCGGGUCAGAGUCUGGCAUCAUGGGAGAGCGAGCUGGAGGAGGUUCUGCGUGUGUGUGAUGAUCACGUGUCUUUGUACCAGCUCACCCUGGAGAGAGGAACUCACCUGUACAAGCAGGUACAGCAGCGAGAACUCAGCAUGCCCUCUGAUGACAUCACUGCAUCCAUGUACAAAUCUGCUCGGAAGGUUCUGGAGCAGGCCGGGUUCCUGCAGUACGAGGUCUCUAACUUUGCCAGACACAAUGCUGUAAGCACACACAACCUGGGCUACUGGAGAGCGCAGCCGUAUAUCGGUGCUGGACCCGGAGCUCAUGGCCGAUUCGUUCCUCGAGCACUGGGCGCGGUUCAUCGGGAGGCACGCACUCAGACGCUAGAGCCGGACAUUUGGCUGAGAGAAGUUCAGCAGCACGGACACGCAACGCGUAGACGCAUACAGCUCGGCCAGCUCGGCCUGCUGGAGGAGGUGUUAGUCAUGGGACUCCGAAUGACUGAAGGAUUUUCCCAUCAGCACUGGGCAGCGUUCAGCCCUGAGGUGAACCUACACCAGGUCUUCAAUGCCUCAGUAGAUGUUCAGGAACUUCAACAGAGAGGUGCUCUGAUCCUUGAUGACAGGGGACUGCGCUGUUCCUGGGAGGGUUUAGCUUUAUUGGACAGUAUUUUACCUGUUUUGCUGUUGGAGCUGGACGCAUUCUUCAACGCACCCAGAUCUACAGAUGGACUGUAGAACUAAAAAACAUCUGAACAGACAGACCACCUAAAAGCAGCUACCAGAUUUCUCCAUUUUCACUCUCACCUCUGGUCUGUCUGCAUGGAGUUUACAUGUUCUAACUGUGCUUGGUUGCCGCACAUUACAGGAACUCGUCUGGGAGUUUUUGCCACAUCCCUUUACAGUCCUGCCCUCGCCCCAAGCCAUUUUCACAUGUUUGGAGCAUUAAAGAAGCUCCUGGGAGGCCAGCGUGAAGCAUGCAGUCUGAUCAUUGCUUUUUUUUUACUGAGAAACCCUUUUACCUUGACAUUAUUCAAGCACUAGUGAAAUUAUUGGAUAAGUACCUUAAUAUAGCAGGGCGUUAUAUAUAGAAAUAAAGAGUUUUUACAACUGUUUUAUAACUGUGGUCUGUUAUUCUGCUCAAUCAAAAGUCCCAGUCUUUUCGGAAUAUAAUUUCUGGACAGGCUUG